GGCAACACGCCGGCCCCAGCCCGCGGAGCCAGCCCCACGCACACGGGAGGAGGAGGAGGAGGAGAAGCAGCAGCAGCUGCCAUUGUGCCGUGCAGCGGCGCGGGCUAAAAACAGCCCCCCCCCCCCGCGACGGUCCUAAUAAAGCUCGGGCGCUUGAGCAGCAGCUCCGGGCUCUUCGCGCCCUAUAAAAACCCUCCCUACAGAGGGAGCGGGCUCAGCCCGGCCCCAGACGCGGAGCGGCGGCCGCAAGAAAGCGCCUCCGCGCAGCUGGGGGGGGGACCCCCCCCCCAUCACCACCCUACAGUCCCGGCGAGAUGCCCCACGUAGAAGCGGAUCUCAAACUGGACUUUCACGACGUCCUGCUCAGACCUAAGAGAAGCAGCCUCAAAAGCAGAGCCGAGAUACACAGAAAAAGAGCCUUAUUGGUGGAGGGAUUGCAAGCUUCCUCCACAACACCCCUGUCAAUACAGCAUUAUCCCUGGAAAUGUCAUUGUACACCUAGAGUAAUGUGAGAAAGACACACAGCCCCUAUCUGGGCCAUUUCAGAGAUGGAAUAAUCAGUGGAAGUGAGGCUCCCUGGAAGAAGAAAGGUCUUGUGGUUCAGGCACAGAUUUACAGCUUGCCCUGUGGCUUGGUGCUUUUCAGAUGAGCAUUUCCUUUCCUCCUCUUUUCAUGCCCAUUUGAAUGGGCGUUUGGCUUGUAUAUUAGUUUAGAGCAGUGGUUUUCAGACUGUGCUUUGUUAUCUCUUCCUGUUCCCAGCUUCUAAAUUGCAUUAAAAAUAGUACAAAUACAUUAAAUGCUUUGCUAAUAUUAGCUUUCCCAUGUGGGAUGUGGCAGAAAUUGCCAUAUGAAUAUUAUGUGAUUGCAAAUGGGAGGCUGGGUGGGUCUACAUGAUUGUAAAUGGAAUGGGAGUUGAUCCUCAAGGCAGUCUCUCUUUUAAGAUGUAAACUCCUGUUUGGAUUGUAAGCUCUUAGGGGAAAGACCUUUCUUUUCCUCGUUAUGUGUUUGUAGAGCCUAACACAAUAAGGUACUCAGCAGUGACUGAGGCCCCAACCUGCUACUGAAAUAAUAAAUACAGUGGUUCGCAUUGAGGAAAAAGUCUGAUAACUCCUGACUUAGAGCUCCAAAGAGCCUGUAAGCAAACUGUCACAAUCAGGUAUUCUUAUGGUAUCUGUGGUGGUGGGCAUUUUACCUCAUUUCAGCUCUUUGAAGCAUCUCUCAGGUGAAGGCUGAAGAGUGGAAAAUGUAGAGACCAAUGAAGGAGUCUCAGCAGUAUGUGGGGAGAUCGUUCACAGAUUAACCCAAUGUCUUAAUAUUGUAGAUCUCAGGCGCACCUUCAUAUUCCGUAACUCCAAACAAACGUACACAGGGAUCCCCAUUAUGGUGGCAAAUAUGGACACCGUGGGCACAUUUGAAAUGGCAAAGGUGAUGACUAAACAUGCAAUGUUCACUGCUAUUCAGAAGCAUUAUUCUCUGGAAGAAUGGAAACUGUUUGCAGUCAAUCACCCAGAAUGCCUUGAGCAUGUAGCAGUGAGUUCAGGCAGUGGGAAGGACGACUUGGACAGGCUUACAAGUAUUCUGGAGGCCAUUCCUCUUAUCAAGUACAUCUGCCUGGAUGUGGCCAAUGGAUAUUCAGAGCACUUUGUGGAAUGUGUGAAAACUGUCCAUGCCAAGUUUCCAAAUCACACCAUCAUGGCAGGUAAUGUUGUGACAGGAGAGAUGGUGGAGGAACUUAUUCUUUCUGGAGCAGAUAUCAUUAAAGUGGGUAUCGGACCUGGUUCUGUGUGCACCACCCGGAUUAAGACAGGUGUGGGCUACCCUCAGCUGAGUGCUGUGAUCGAAUGUGCAGACUCUGCCCAUGGCUUGAAGGGGCAUAUCAUUUCUGAUGGAGGCUGUAGUUGUCCAGGAGAUGUCGCCAAAGCGUUUGGAGCUGGUGCUGAUUUUGUCAUGCUUGGAGGAAUGUUUGCAGGCCACGAUCAAUGUGCUGGAGAGGUUCUAGAAAAAAAUGGCAAGAAGAUGAAACUGUUCUACGGGAUGAGUUCUGAUACAGCCAUGAAGAAGCAUGUAGGAGGAGUUGCUGAAUACAGGGCUUCGGAGGGCAGAACUGUGGAAGUGCCUUACAGAGGGGACGUGGAAACUACCAUCCUUGAUAUCCUCGGGGGCCUGCGAUCCACCUGCACCUACGUGGGAGCUGCCAAGCUCAAAGAGCUGAGCAGGAGGGCAACAUUUAUCCGGGUCACCCAACAGCACAGCCAGGUGUUUUCUUAACCAAGGACCGGGACCUGUGAAAUGUGUCUGCUGCUUCUCCCCAGUUCCUUUGUGUUUUGUAUUAGAGCUUCAUGGGGGCAAACUCCCCAGGCUGUGGAAGUAGGUGGAUCAGUUGCCACUGGUGACAGGGUUUAGCAGAAGGAUAUGCCCUCAGACAGUGCCAUGUAGGAUUCUUUUGGUUCACAAUGCAAUAGCCUCAUCUUUUAAAGUCACGUCUGUUUGUUUUAAAUCUAGUUUUUUCACCAUUCAUUUUUCUCUCUGACAAAGAAGCCUCCAUUCACAGUGAGUUAGCCUCGCCAGACCCUGGUCGCUGUUACCAAGUUUUAAAACAUCCCCACAACCUCGCUUCAGCAGUAUGGGCUAUAGGAACUGCCGGCUGGGAGGGGAAGGGGUUCAGUAUGUUGAUCUGGGUAACCAAAGAUCAGAGCCAUACUUUUUGACCUUUCAGGGGGCUGGAUGAGCCAAGGUUGCUGCUGCAUUUUCACUGUGAUGUUAAAAAUGCUGGAGCUGUAUCAAUGGUAUUUCAUAUGCCUUUUAAGGCCUUUUUUAUUUAAAUCAAUAUAUUAAUGGACUUACUGCUCCAUAGACACUGUCAUUAUAAUGUAGUGAGUGCUUCCUCCUCCCACCAGAACAUUUAACAGGGUACUGGUUUUUUGUUGGGUACAAUCCUCAGAAGUCCUGUUUUUAUCAUCUCUGAAUAGGUAUUGAAGCUGUAGAGAGACAGCAAUACUCAACACCAGUGGCCUGAUUCUGCAUAGUCAUUUCAGUUGACACAAAGCAACUACAAAUACACACUCACUUUGGCCAGGUGUAGAAAUGAUUACACAUUGAGCAAGGCCUGGGGAAUCCGGCCAAAGGGGUCAGAUCCAUCUCUCUGUUACCCUGGUGCAACACUUUUGAAGUCAUAGCUGUAACUGAGAGCAAAAUAUGGCCUGCAGUAGACCCGCUGAAGACUUCAUUGCAAGAAGCCAGUUGUCUGAUCUUGAGUUAAAGCAGUUGCUGUGAAGGAAAUAAUGAAUAUUUUAGACUCUGGGCAACACUUUAUUAAACUGUAAUGGUAGACUAAUGAAUUGGUAAAUCACAAUGAAAUUUCUUUGGAAGUACACAUUGAAUUCCCAGGAAUAUCACAGUAGUUCAUUAUGAUAAAUGUUAUUAGAGUGAAUACCAAUGAAUUAAUAAUGACUGGCCACUCACUUUAGCCUGUUACUGAGAUUUCAAUAAAAUUGAAACUGAAGUAACUUCAGAGGUUUUUUUUCCCUUCUGUGGAAAAAUAGACUUCCUUUGGAAUGCAAAACUGUGACCAGUGGGAAAAGGAGCGGACAGAAAGCAAAUGGCAUUAUUCUAGCAUUCUUUGUUGUUUAGAAAAGAUAAAGGAGGAUCAGUACAAUGGAACAUGGUAAGUAACAAAUCUAAACCCCCAAAUCAGUCACUGAUGGUGUUAAUCAGAUUAUGCACAAUGGGAAAAGCCUAGAUGAUCCUUUAUCUGAAGGCAGGUGGUUUACAAUAAAAUGUUAAGUAUUCCCCAUUAAACAUUGUGGACCUGAUUCUCAUUUACAAUAAGACUUUGCCCUGGUAUUGUAUGGGGGUGCCUUAAAGAGGGCAUAGGUCACAUGUACACUGAUUCUAAGGCCCAUUUAUACUGCCAGAGUGGUGUAAAGAAACCUAAGUGUAAAUGAGAAUCAGGCUCCCAGACCCUACCAAUUAACUUUUCUUCUGAAGUUGGAAUUUAUAUGUAGUGAACUCCAAAAAGGCAGCCAAAUGGUUUCUUUACUAAAAAUAAAUAAAAAUAUUGUGGGCCAAAUUCUGCUGUCAAUUAAGCUGAUGUAAACCCAGAGUAAUUCCACUGAAAUCUCUGAAGUUACUUGGAAUUUACAUAGGUAUAACUAAGAGUAGACUUUCUCCCCUCUCCCCUCCUUCUGCCCACAUACCCUCCAGCCACAUGCCCACAAGAAAAGUGUAUUUGAAUACAGGUAAAUCAAAACUUCUUCAAGGAACGAGGUUAUACUGAAUAUACACUCAUUUGCAUUCCAUACUUCAGAAGUGUGGCUCUCCCCUAGACACUCCAGGGUUGGGAUGCUAAUUGUUUUUAUAGGGCUUUUGGGGCUACAUUUUAAACAUCUGCACAUUUAAAAGACUAGAUCUUUUAGGUACACAUUGGAACUGCUUCUUUUCUGCAGUGAAAACUCCUUGAUUCUCCACUGCCGAGGCCAUUAUGGAGUCAGUUACACCUGUUUCUUCAGAGGACACCUUCAGUCAGAUGGCUCCUUUCAUGAUGCCCGUUGUACAAAAUACAGCACACACACGUUUGAAAGUGGAACAAAGAGAUUGGCCUGAGGCUAACACAGGACCCAGUCCGGUGAGGUGACAGUGCCCUCAAUGUCUGUAGGACCCAGCUCCUCCUUCCACUCCAAUUGGAGGCCAAUUGCUUGUUGAAUUCAUUGGAAAUUGAGGGUGUGCUACACCUGGCAGGAUUAGGCUCCCAAGCAAUUAACUUGAGCUACCUCAUCUGAUCAUUUUAAAAGGUUCUCCAGUUCCUAGUGUCUUUCCCAGCAGCUUAGCACUGCGCUGCACUUCAUGAACUGCUACUGGGUCAGCCUCCAAAAGAGGCCCCCCCGCCCAAGCUACAUUGCAAGUGUCUUAAGCAGUGACUACCCAUGACACUGGGCCAAAUUCUGACUUGCUUUCCACGCUCUUGUAACACCACUGACUUCAGUGCAUAAGAAGAAAAUUAGAAUUUGGCCCAUUGGCUCUAUCAAGGUGUAGCUAACGGGCCACAGUGCUUUAAAAAUGAAGCUAGUUAAAACCUGAUUAACAGGUUCAGGUACGAUAACACAUUUAAAGCCAAGGCCUACACAAGGCAUAGGAACUUCUGUGUCCCCCAGUCCAUCUGUGAGACAGCAGGGAAGGCUGGGGAGUACUGCUGUCUGUAGCAGUGGUGCCUACACCACAGCACCAAGGGACUGUGGUCUGACAGGUAGUGCUGUGUGGUCAGUGACUGUGCUGGGACCAGGAGUGGGGAUGGUCUGUGGUAAGAAGAGGUACACACUGCUGUCCUCAGCCCACUACCUCAUCCUGCUCAGCAUCCUCAGGGGGGCUCUGGAAAGCACCAUGUGGCUGGCAUACUCCUGGGCCUUCCCCCUCGCCCUGAGUGGGUAAGUGUUGGAUUUUGCCCUUGCUGCUGUCAGGUAUUGUGUGCAGGGGUGGUUCCAGGAAGGAUAAGUUAGGAGGGCUUUGGGGAAGUUUGCUGAGGACGGGGAAAGGCGAGAGCUUUUGCAAGUCUUCCAAGACACAGUAUGACACAAUCACUGGAUACAGGAUUAAUGUUUUAAUCCAUGCGCCCUUGUGGUCUGAAACUCCUGCUGGGCCUAAUUCUCACAUGCACCAAUUUCACAUUGGUCUAAACCCAUUGACUUCAACAGUCUCUCCUAAUUUUCACCAGUGUAAAUGAGAGCUAAAUCAGGCUUCUCUUGCCAAACUGUGAUGGACAUUUAGGCCAAAUCCUGUGCUGCUGGAGUCAAUGGGAAUUUUGCAGCUGACCUCAGAGACACUACAGGAUUUGGCUUUUCUUGGUUAGAGUGGGAAAAUCACAAGGCCUAGGAGUGGCAGUGUGACUGCACUGCUAAAGCCCACCUGCAGCAAGGCACUUGUUUCCCCCUGUCUAGAAGCAAUGUGUUCUUUUUGGGGGUUGGUUAAGAAUUUUGAAUAAGAUUGUGGUACUGCCACCUGCAGCAUGACUUCUAUGCUGGAAGUGCCCUAAAUGCUGUCAGACUUGCCCGCUAGUAAUAAGGGGUCUCCCCCCCCAUCUGCCUUAGACUUAGUUCUUUUUUUAUUCAUUCAGACAUUUAGGCCUGUCCUCUGGAUGUGACUUCACAACAUCAGCUAUUACACCGCUGACAUGGAUAACAUUUCCAAACAUAUGUAAUAAAUAGCCCAAAGCUCCUUUGUGACAAAUAAAGUUUGUGAUCAUUUUGAAGACUACACAUGAAGUCUUUAAAAAAGAGCGAGUUUUAACCAUUUCCAUAACACUGCAUGCACCACAGCUGAGAUGAUUAAGAAUGGGUAUCUUCUUUCCUCAUUUGUAGCCAAAAAACAGUGCACAGAAUGCGUCUGCCAUGACAAACUUGCUCAUAUACAGUGAUCAUAUUGUGCACCCUAGUUAUUCUGUUAUGAAAUAAAUGGCUCCAUUCUGGCGGACUGGAUAGGAUUAUAUGCUGUAUGUGGGAAUGUGCAAACUUCUGUGUAUAGUGAUAAAAACAAACUCCAUAAAAAUAUAUUGCUGAAGCUAAAUCUGAAGAGGGAAAAAUUAAAUGAACAAAUUAUUCAUUCAUAGGAAAAUUGUGUCUCAUUGUUUCUUAAUGCAUAAAGACAGACACAUAUUUGCAAUUGGCACUGUUAUUUUAUUAGUACGAGUAUACUGAAACAAUAAACUUGUACUGGUAUACAGACAGU